AAGUUAGCCCCUACUGUUUAGAAGAUUUACAACAAGCACCCUCUCCUACAAUGACUUCCCAGUUCCCACCCUUGCUCACACUUCAUGUUCGCCUCUUCUCCCUUCUUCCUCCUCCAUAACAGCAGCUAGGAGUUCAGCCAUUGUCGUACCAGGUCUCUAAAACUACAAUAAAUCUAUUAGUAGCAUGGCCUUGCCAUGUUCCAGGAAGCUACUACGCUCUAUAAGCUCAAGUUAUAAACUCCAUUGCAGUAAUCAUCAGAACAUCGUGCAUCGAUCUUUCCACAUUCUUUCUACUGCCUCACGUGAUCAUGACACUGGUGAUAUGCAAUCUUCAAUGGAAUAUUCAAUCUUUAAAAAGGCAGGGUUUCCUUUACUGGGGACUCGAGGUCUAUCUACUUCGAUGCUAAGUUCAGAUGCAAGUGAAGGAUCAUUCCCAUCUGAGCUACUAUCCAGAAAACAAAUCUUAACUCCUGAACGCAAAUUAGGUCAACUACAGGACCUGGUGAUCCCAGUUACAAACUUUCAGAAUGAAGACAAAGGACUGAUGGUGUUGGCAGGUGAUGUUUUUGAUCUUCCCAUUCGGAAGGAUAUUAUCCACCGUGUUGUAAGAUGGCAGCUUGCAAAAAGACAACAGGGAACUCAUUCAACAAAAACCAUAAGUGAGGUCAGUGGUACUGGAAGAAAGCCAUGGCCCCAAAAGGGUACUGGCCGAGCAAGACAUGGAUCAUUGCGUGGGCCCCAGUUUAGAACUGGUGCUGUUAUGCAUGGGCCUAAACCCCGCAGCCAUGCGUUUAAGCUGAACAAGAAGGUCAGAAGACUAGGGCUCAAGAUUGCAUUGUCUGCUCGUGCAGCUGAAGGGAAGCUUUUGGUGUUUGAGGAUUUAGUGCUUCCGACUCAUAAAACAAAGAAUAUUGUGAGUUUUGCGAAUCAAAUGGAAGAGUCCAAGAAGAUUCUAGUGGUGGAUGGAGGUCCUAUUGAUGAAAACCUCAAGCUUGCAACUCAAAACCUACAUUAUGUCAAUGUUCUUCCCUCUAUUGGUUUGAAUGUUUAUAGCAUCCUUUUGCAUGACACGUUGGUGAUGUCACGUGAUGCUGUUAACAAGAUCGUUGAGCGUAUGCACACUCCCAUUAAUCGUUGAUUUUUUUUAAAAAAAAUUUGGAGGUAGUGUUUUGAGUCACUAUGCUAAGAGACUUCGGAGUUUUGCAAGUGUAGAAUUGUUUCUUUUCAUAUAUUACCUUCACUUUGUAAGGGGUUUUUGUUAUAGAUUUAAUGACAUUUUGAACAUGUUGUUUUGAUAUGAACAAUAUUUCAAAUGUUUGAAUAA